UCCAAGCAAAAAAAUUACAAAACUUCACUAUUAUAAAAUGAAGACAAUGAGGUUGCUUACUUUAUUUCUAAUAAGCGUUAUCAAUGUAAAUGCUAAUACAGUUCCUGUAUUUCUAUUAGAUUAUGAGUCUGUUCUUCCUCAUGUAGUAGUAGAGCCGAAUCCAUUUAAUAAAGUCGAUACUUCAAGUUUCUUCGAUAUAAUUCAUGAAGCUAUAAGGAAUUCAAAGGUAGUAAUAAUGUUCGUAGAAGAAAAAUUCAGUACUGAAGAUAUAAGCAUCAAAGAUGAAUUUGGAACUCCAUUUCCAUAUUUAAAACAAGGUCUCGGUGAUAAAAAAGUUAUGUACUUCCCAAAAGUAAUUGAGCCCUACAAAUUACUCAAGCAAGUCUUUCAACAUCAGAAAAAUAGUGUAUACUAUGUAUCUAGCACUAGUAAUAAAAUACAAAUACGUAAUGGACGUCAAAAGCACUUCUAUAUUUAUUUCAAAGACUCAGUUAAUGACACUCGAGCUAACACGUUGAGGCGCCAUGAUAUGGUUAUGCAGGAAAUAUAUUUUGUAAUACGACGAAUAGCAUCCGGGCCCGUUGUAGGAUUUUAUACGGGAAAGAUGAAUCCAGUAGUCAUUCGGAAAAUCAACUUUCUACCUCCAAGGGUAGCAGUAAGAAAACAGGUUCCAGGCGUAACAGUUACUAGUACUGGAGCUCUUUUUCGACUUUUUGGAGUAUAUUCCACUGUUGGUACUCGUCGGUCCACGUUUAGUCAAAGUCCACUGGUUACUGAAGAGAGAUGGGCGCGACGUCAACUAAAUAUUCGAAUGGCAUACACCGAUUUCGAACUGGAGUUCACAUUUUCAUCUAAACCUGAGGGAUGGAUAGCAGAAAAUGUAGCUCUUUUGGAAUGGGGUGAAGAAGUUGGUCACACAAAACUGGGGGUGACCGUCCCGUGGGAGCACUCUUAUAUUUGUGGAGAGCCACUGACUAUAGUUAAUACUAGAGAUGGAAGUGCUGUUAUUAUAUCGCAAUAUCAGUUACAAUCAUUUCAUUCCGAUGUUUAUUUACGCAACAGUUCGGGAGGCAACAAUACACACUGUUUUGGUCCAGCUAUUCAUUGCGGGCCAUAUUUUAACUCGCGAAUAUUGUCUGGGUUGAUGAUAACAUUUUUAUUUCUUGGGAUUUUAACGUAUGGUGUCAUUAUUUUAUAUAACUGUAAUUCAAAUGACAGAUACGAUGAUGCUCAAGGUAAACCACUUGUGAUUGCUUCUGAUAUGCAUUAGAAUUUCUUUUAUUAAUGAAAAGUAAUAAUUUCGUGUAAGAAUGCUUCAUUGAGUUAAUUAUAAGUUAUUUAUGUUAUAAAGUUAAUAAAUAGUGAAAAUGUCGUGUUACAUAAUAUUUAUUUUUAUAUAUAAUUAGAGAUAGAGUUGCCCCACAUUGUCGUCAAGUUGUUCGUUGAGAAAAAUUGCCAGUCUUAAAAGAUUGAAUGCAUCACAGAUUAGCCUAGUCGCGUAACACUCUUAUUACUGUAAGCUUAUCUGUGUUACCUGAACAAGUUAGUCCUUGGAUAAAAUAACGUUAGGUUUAGGUUAGCUAACGCAUUUAGGUUAAGCGGCAAUUAUGAAUUUAUGUAUCAUUUAAUUUUAUAUAAAUGAGCACAAUUGUAGCUAACGCAACACGAACAAAGACUAUAAACAUCCAAAUUACAGAUUUGUUGAAAGAUGGAAGAAAUUGAGAUUGUCUUUAAUGCAUAUUAGGGCACUUCAUAAUGCUGAAAUGGUAACGAUUUCAAAACACAAUAUUUUGUCGAUGGCUGUCCAUUUUAAUACAAUUAUUAUAUUAUUUUUGAAAUGUAUCACGAACGAUAAUGAUAUUCAACUUAGCCUUCUAAAUCCCGACAGACACGAAAUAUCGCGAACAAUGACUGCCGUAUCACAAAUUCAACCAACAGUCAGAUUCAGAAACGGUAUUUAGAGGAGAGUUACUUUUAAGUCAUCUUAAGUCAACUCACGAUGUCAACAAGUCAAGAUGACUCAAGUCAUCUUAAUUUAAAUUAAUGAAAUGAAUGAAGAGAUGAAUGAGAAAUUCAGAAUACACACUUUAAAUGUUAAUUCCACCAUAACAGCAUUAUUGUUUAUGAUAAAAGUUAUAACCUAUCAGAUCUGGCUUUACAUAUAUAGAUUUUAAUUAGUUGCUGGUGACAAGAUGGCGCUACAGAAGGAUUAACAAUGAUAAUAGAAAUAACCGUUAUUAUUCUUCUUAACCGUAUAUUUUUAUUGAA